AUGGAGAGGGAAAACCGCUUUAAAUUGUUCAUGCCGCCGCGCCUCAGCGCUGGGCAGGUGUCUGCGGGCAGAUCCCAGGGUUUUAACAAAUGCUCAGAUGAUGAUUUUAAGUUGCCAUUUGACAUGUCGAACCGUGGCGAAAUCACUGAUUCAGAUACAAUUUCACAGCAAGUAAAACUUUGCUCUGAAGUAGAUGAAGAGAAUACAGAAACAAUGAAUGAAUUGUUCUCAAAACUCUACAAAGAGGCUGAGAAGAUCAAGCAGUGGAAACUGACUGUGGAAUCAGAACUAGACCAAAAGGAAAGAAAACUCCAAGAAGACAAAAAGAUUAUUGAGGCACAGAAUAAAACUAUUCAAGAACUGCAGUUUGAAAAUGAAAAACUGCAUUUGAAACUGGAAGAUGAGAUAUGUGAGAAUAAAGAUCUCUUGAAAGAAGCUGCUGCUUCGAGGCAUCUGUGUAAUCUGCUUAAGGAAACCUGCUCUCACUUCACAGAGAAGACCAGCAAAUAUGAACAGGAAAAAGAAGAAACAAUGCAAUUGUAUGGGGAACUUCACCACAACCUAGAAAGAAUGACAGUGGCAUUUGAAGAGCUUCGUGUGCAAACAGAGAACGACAGAUUGGAAAUGAGUUUCAAAUUAAAAGAAGAAGCAGAAAAAGUGGACAAGUUUGAAAAAGAAUGCAAACUGCAAGUGAUUCAAAAGGAAAAACAGAUUUCAGCUCUUAUUACACAGAGUGAUGAAAAAGAUGGUGUAAUAAAAGACAUCAAGGCUCAGCUGCAGACAUCACAAAAUAAGAUUGCUGACUUAAUAGAAGCAAAAUUACAUGAAGAAGAAAUGUUAAAGGAAUCCCAGGUCAGUCAGGAACAUUUGAAGGCAGAGCUGGAAGAGGCUAAAAUUUCACUGCAAAAGGCAGAGGUUACGCAAAAGAACUUAGAAACUGAAUUCCAGACUACAGUGAAAACAUUAGUUCAGGUUACCAGAGAAAAGGAAGAAAAGGAGGAAGAAUGUAAAAAAAUGAAGGCUUUGCUUGCAACCCUGACAGAGGAGUUUGAGACUUCUACUGCCAAUUUGAAAAGCUUGCUGAAAGAAGAACAAGAUAGAUUAAAGAAAUAUGAAGACGAUUCAAAGCUGCUUGCCUUGGAGCUCCAAAAUAAAUCUGCUGAACUGGAAGAGAUGACUAAAGUGAAAUGUGAUAAAGAAGUGCAACUUGAAGAGCUGUCAGAAACUCUGAAGGAAAUCCCUGAUUUGAAAGCACAGCUGACUAGUGCAGCUGAAAAGGAACAAGAUUAUCUAAACCAGCUUGUGACUCUGAAAACAGAUCUUGAACAAGAAGCGUUAAAGAAUGAACAACUAACAGUGUGUCUCAAUAAGCUUUCACUAGAGAAAGAACAAAUAGUACAAGAGAAAAAUAUUGUGGCUGCAGAACUUAAGAAACUGCAAGAACAACAAGAGGAUAGUAAGAAAAAAGAAGAAGAUACAAAGCAGUUAGUUGAAAACUUAGAAGAGGCAAAGGGCCAACUAAGAAAUGAACUGGAGUCUUUGAAGGAGAAAAUGGCAAAGACAGGUGAAGAGAUUAAAAGUACACUGGAUGAAAGAGAAGAAAACAUGAAUAAUUUAAAGAAACAGGUAGAAAAUAAAACCAAAUGCAUUGAAGAGUUGCAGCAGGAGAAUAAGGUGCUGAAAAAGAAAAUUACUGCAGAAAGCAAGAAAGCCAAUAGUUAUGAAGGAAAGGUGAAUAAAUUGCAGUUAGAGAUGGAAAAUAUGAACAAGCAGCAUAAGGAAGCAGUUGACAUCUAUCAAAAAGACAUAGAAACAAGAAAAAUAAAUGAAAAUAAACUUCGCGAAGAGAUAGAAAAGAUGAGGUUGCUUUAUGAUGAAACAGCAAUGAUACAGAGAGAAACUGAUGUUCGAUGUCAGCAUAAGAUUGCUGAAAUGGUGGCACUUAUGGAAAAGCACAAGAACGAGUAUGAUAAAAUGGUCGAAGAAAAAGAUGCGGAGUUAAAAGUAUAUAAAAUGAAACAUCAGAAGCAGUUAUCAUCAGAAAGAGCACUGGAAAAUGAGCUCUCAUGUUUGAACAGUGAACUGUCGUCCCUUAAGGAACAACUGAAAGCAGAAAGAGAAGAAAAGGAGAAUCUUGUAAAAGUGCACUCUCGCAAUAUGAUUCCUGAAAGUGAAAAGAAACACAAGACAUAUAUUAUAAAGACUCCUCCAAUAGAUAAAAUGCAAAAUGGAAGAAGCACAAAUCUAGCUUCAGAGCAGAGCACAAGAAAAAAGCAGAAAGUGCUUCUGCAGCUGGAUACUGAGUCAGACAGCUCUGAGCACACUGACCUCCUGAGCAUAGUCUCGGAAGAAGAAAUGUUUAAAAAAUUGUACGACAGUUAUCCACAAGCUUCACAGUUACAUUCCACAGCACCAAAAAAGACACCAGCUCCAUCCAGUGUGAACUCUCCAGGCUCUGCCCUGAAACUCAGAACCAUGAGGAGAAUACGCGAGGCGGGGUGGACUGCGGUUUCCAAAAUGGACAGGAAAAGAAAAAUUAAAGAUGUUCUGAACGUGAGGAUGAAGAGGAUCUGGAUUCCCAACCCAUCCCCAUCGCUGAGCCUCUGGGAGAUGGUGAGGGACCUCAAUAAAUAUCGGAUUUUUGUCCCCAGCAAGUGCCUCUCCUCAUUUCCUCGCCGUUGGAAUCAGCAGCAACCUCCGGACCCACAAAGCACUCUCCAAAGCCCAGCUGGGUACAGCGGAGGGUGCUUCCACUCGCCCUACUCGCCCCGCAGGAGAGCUAGCCGGGACUGA